AUGGCGAAACAAAUUCAUAAGCGUCGAGGUCCACGUGGAAAUGCUGAAAUGAAGAAAAUUGAAGACAAAGUUAGCCUAAGUAGUUCCUUUACAAAGCGUCGAAAUAGUCUGUUUAAGAAGGCUAAUGAGAUGACUAUCCUAUGUGAGGCUGAAUUAACCAUUAUCUUGUUUUCACCAGGUAAAAAAGUUUACACUUUUGGUCAUCCUAAUGUGUAUUCUAUAAUUGAUCGUUUUGCUAAUAAUCUUAAAGUUUCAAUUGGUGAAAAAAGAGUAACAAUGCUUCAAAAAUCUAAGGCAAAUGAUCUUUAUGAUACACUUAACAAUGUACAAGAUCUAGUUGAGUUGUCUAAGAAGGAAAAAUCUAAGGAAAUGAUCAUAUUGGAAGAGAGUAAAAAAACUCUUGUGUUAGAUCGCUUGAAUCACUCCCAAACAAUGGAAAUGCGAGGGGUUGUGAAAGAGUUGCAGGCGAGGAUUAUGUGGGAAAUCCACCAAAGGAUUAUCGUUGAGAACAAUCAACUCGGAGUUGAACAGGUUGGCAGUGGGAAUGAAUUCAUCAACUGUGUUAAGAGCAACUCCAAUUGUGAGAUACAAGGUCCUUUUUUGAACCACUGGAGUUGCUCUAAUGCAUCUUAUGCUGGAAGUAACUGUUUUGGUUCUUACUUUGGAAUCCAGAAUGAAAUCAACAACCAUCCUAAUGCAUCUCAUGGUAGAAACAACGAUUUUGGUCCUUAUUUUGGUAUACAAAAUGAAUUCAUCAACUACCCUAGUGCAUCUUAUUUUGGAACUCAAAAUGAAUUCAUCAACAAUCGUGAUGCACCUUUUGAUGGAAGCAACAAUUUUGGUCCUUACUUUGGAACCCAAAAUGAAUUCAUCAACUAUCCCAAUGUUGGAAGCAACGGUUUUGGUCCUUACUUUGGAUUUCAGGACUAA